AUGCCGCCAACGAUACGGCUUCCGACGAACACAAAGAGGAAGUACGAGCAUAUAGCGGCAUCCGAGCCUAAGCUGAUCAAGAUUUUAAAGCUCGCAGAUUCAUUGAGCUAUGAUGGCCUUCAGCUUCAUCGUUUUCAACAGACAGCUAGCAUUUAUGUGCCAGUAUCUCUUGAUAGCGAGGAAUAUCGAGUCUUUAACUACCAUCCCAAACUGGAGGAGAUUAUACGAGCUUCGGACUCUCAGUUGGAACAAUAUCAAGAAAGCGAAUCUGAGCUGGAUCCACUGGAAAAGUCCCAGGAGUCUGUCUCUGAGGACGAGAUUGAUGAUGAGGAUGUGACGGAGGUGAAAGUUCCGGAUUAUUGGAGCAAAAUGGCUAAAAUUGAUGAUGAUGAUGAUGAUGAAACUGAUGAGGACGAAGAGGAGCAGCAGGAACAAGACGAUGAUAGAGACCAGCCCGUUUCUAGAUCAAGUAAAGUUGGCAUGCGGCCCAACACUGGCUCAGAACUUUUUUCUCGCGAAUUUGAUGCAGAGGUCUCCUCCGUUAGCGAAGAAGGGACCGUUUGGGAACUGAAAGAGCCAGAUGACUCAGUAGAUAUUCUUGCUCGCUCAGAAGGGUUGCUUCCCAGCAAGGAGGUAUUGCCUGAGAAUGAAUCUGAAUUGUUGCCUGUGGAAAUUCCAAUCUUGGAAGAUCAUUUUGAAUUGAACCCAUCCAAAGAGGCCGGUGAGGAAUCCGAUGCUUUUUUCACAGCCAAUGAGUUGGAUGACGAUGACAAAGAAGAUUCACCGCAUUUGCAAGUGAAUGCAACCAUGCUGGACCAUGAAUUUUCCGGCGAAGACGACCAAAGGCUUCGACUUACUAGACAACAAGAUAUCAGGGCCAUUCCGGAAGACCAGGUCAACUCAUCUUCAUAUGAGGUCACCACUGACACCAGUAACAGGCCAGCGCACGAUUCCUUGGAAAACAACGAUGAUUUGCAAAUCAUAGCUGAGAUCCAGAGUGAUAAACUCGACGGAGAUGAGUUCAAACACGAGUUUACGGAGCCACAAUCUGUUCGCAUACAAGUGAAAGAAACGCCAACAUCUAUGCAUGUUCGCGGCCAGAGAAAUGACCACGAAAUUGGCAGUUCAGAGUCUCAGAGCUCUGUUCACAAGUUGACCCCAUUGGCUCUUAAUAUUGUCACUUUGACACAGUCAGACGACCAUUCGGGUAAGAAAUCUGACAAGUCCUCUCAUGACCUCUCUUCUGGAGAUAUCAUAACUUCCACACAAAGGGAAGGCCCCACAAUGGAAGCCGUUGUGGUUACCUCUACUCAAAAAAAAUCUCCGGUCACUUUACAUUCUCUAGUCGCUAUCCCAACUCCGGCCGUUGCUGUAUCUCAAGAUGAUGACACAAGCUCUGGUGACGAGGUCUAUAACCUAGGACCAGGUGAUAUCAAAAGGAGUAUUGAUAUUGAUAGGGAGAUAUUCAAAGACCUGAGAAAGAAAAUUCUUCAGAAGAAAUCAAAGAGUGCUGCGGCUCUAAAAGACGACACCUCUUCGCAAACAUAUAUGUUUGCUUCAAUCUUUGUCAUAUUCACGCUGUCGAAAAUCCGUUUCUAUGUGAAAUGUAUCAAUUGCAAUUUGCUAAAAAACCAAUGUGCAUGUGUGUUGCCAGACCUGACUGACUCUUUUGAGGUUGGUGUGUUUCUAACGUAUGACAAAGUCUCUGCCAUAGAAUGUCGCGUUGACGAAACGCAGAUCCGUGCCAGCGGAAUACAAUUUCCAAGUAUUGGGCCAAAUAGGCUUCAAUUUGAGAAGCUAAUCAGGACUGGUGCUAAGAAUGGAGAGAUAGUGGCUACAAUGAGCCAAUUCGAUUGGUCGGGUCUAAGAAACUUGCUCUGUGAUCUCACUGGGAAGCUCGAGAGCGAUGGAUUCAAGAUCACUAAAUUUGCUAAAACCGGCAUGCGCUCGCUGUAUGGCUAA